AUGUUAGAUAUCAAUUCAUUUAUAGUUGAAAAAGGUGGAAACCCAGAUAAGAUCAAAGAAUCACAAAAAAAAAGAGGUGCAUCAGUUGAAUUAGUGGAUGAAAUAAUUAAAGAUUAUAAAGAUUGGGUAAGUCUUAGAUAUGAUCUAGAUGAACAAAAUAAAAAAAUAAAUAAGAAUCAAAAGGAAAUUGGACAGAAAUAUAGAAGUAAAGAAGAUCCAGCGGAGUUAUUGAAACUAAAAGAUGAAUUAGCAGAAGAGAGAAAAACCAUAAUUGAAAAAGAAGCAGAGGCUGAUAAACAGUUGAGAUUCAAAGUCAAUCAGAUUGGUAAUUUAGUGCAUGACUCAGUUAUUGAUUCAAUGGACGAAGCUAAUAAUGAAUUGAUUAAAACUUGGUUACCUGAAGGAUAUUCAAAACCUGAACAAGUUGCAGCAGGAACUAACGAGCCAGCUAAAUUAUCACACCAUGAAGUUUUAUUAAGAUUAGAUGGAUAUGAUCCUGAAAGAGGUGUAAGAAUAGUGGGACAUCGUGGUUACUUUUUAAGAAACUAUGGUGUUUUUUUGAAUCAAGCUUUGAUUAACUAUGGUCUUUCAUUUUUAGCUAAAAAAGGUUAUGUUCCAUUACAAGCUCCUGUUAUGAUGAACAAAGACGUUAUGGCUAAAACUGCACAAUUAUCACAAUUUGAUGAAGAAUUAUAUAAAGUAAUAGAUGGAGAAGAUGAAAAAUAUCUUAUAGCAACAUCUGAACAACCAAUUAGUGCUUACCAUGCCGGAGAAUGGUUUGAUAAACCACAAGAUCAAUUACCAAUAAAAUAUGCUGGUUAUUCAUCAUGUUUCAGAAGAGAAGCUGGAUCUCAUGGAAAAGAUGCUUGGGGUAUCUUUAGAGUUCAUGCAUUUGAAAAAAUUGAACAAUUUGUUUUAACAGAACCAGAAAAAUCAUGGGAAGAAUUUGAUAAUAUGAUUAACGCAUCUGAAGAAUUUUAUCAAUCUUUGGGUUUACCAUAUAGAGUUGUUGGAAUUGUUUCAGGAGAAUUAAAUAAUGCAGCUGCUAAAAAAUAUGAUUUAGAAGCUUGGUUCCCAUUUCAACAAGAAUAUAAAGAAUUAGUUUCUUGUUCUAAUUGUACUGAUUAUCAAUCAAGAAACUUAGAAAUUAGAUGUGGUGUAAAACAACAAAAUCAAACUGAAAAAAAAUAUGUUCAUUGUCUUAAUUCUACAUUAUCUGCUACUCAAAGAGCUAUUUGUUGUAUAUUAGAAAAUUAUCAAAAGGAGGAUGGAUUAGUUGUACCUGAAGUUUUAAGAAAAUAUAUUCCUGGUGAACCUGAAUUCAUUCCUUAUGUUAAAGAAUUACCAAAAAAUUCAACUUCAACUAAAAGAGCAGCUAAAGAAAAAAAUUAG